ACCUUAUUUAUCCACAGCAUGUAGUCCCCAACGCACCGCAUUCCAUCGGAUCUGUCUCGAAUUGUCUGUGCGGUGAUUCCCCCCUCGCAAAAUUGUUUCCUUUCUGUAACGGGAACUACUGUGCUCGAUGCGGUUUCUGCCAAUGAGCAACGUGAAGAUUGUGGCUUGCGCUGUAGCCAACAAGCAUUCUCUACUACCAACAAAUGCCGUCAGGAUACUCCUCACUAUUCUUUCCUUGCUGUCUUUGGUGGUACACCUGGGAAUCCUUGGAUCGGUAGAGCCCCUCUUGUGCUCUUCGGUGCUGCUAUUCGUCGCCGCUUCCACGCACACAGUCGACGCUGCGCCGCACGUCUUUGCGACCUCCGCCACCCACAUCGGCCGUCGCUCUGGUUCUCCUCCCAAAGCACCGCCCUGGAGACAAAAGACAACGGUAACCACACAAAUUGCCUCGGAGGUUCCCGUUAUGGUGUUGGAAAACGAUAGAGGCGAAGCAGCGUGCCAAUGUGGUGAAGUCGACCAGCAGAUCAACGCACUACUCGAUCAACUGAGCCCUGACGAAUUGGAGUCCGCGGCCCGAGCUAGCUACGCCUACGAUGUAGCCUUUCCCGUUACUACAAUAACUCCGCUUACGCUUCUGGAUUGUCCCGUGCGAGCUCGCCAUCGUCGACUCUACGCGUCAUGCUUGGCACAUCAAGCCGCACGGCAGAUCUCGCUAUUCUCCGCUUCGGGACAAAGGAAAGCGCUACAAAUACUCCAAAAUACAAUCCAAUUCCGCCGAACGUACAACGUUGAUCACUUGCGUCACCUGUUUCGUCCAAGCACUCAAUGCUCCAGUACACAGCUUUCCUGUACUUGUCAACAAACACUCGAUCAACAUCUGCAAUCCCGAGAUUUGUACGUGUGCGGGUACGACCGACAAGGUCGAGCAACUUACAUCUUCAAGCCCACUGAAGAGACGUGUGUCUAUGACGGCGUGUGGACCGUCAAGAAACACAUUUACACACUGGAGCGGGCCCUGGCAUGUAGCCGUCACCCUGGCGAAAUUAAUGCCGUGGUGCAUUUUUCGCAGCUCUCCCCAGGUUGUCUACCUCCGAUGCAUUUGGCCCGUGAAUUUUUGCGUAUUUUCCGCAACCACUACGCCACCACCGUACACAAAGUUUUCGUGGUUGACGCCCCGCCGAUUUUGGCGCACGUGUUGUGGCACGGUAUGCUGAAACCCUUUCUGCCGCGAGAUUUGCGCAAGAAAAUUGUUUUGGUACGGUCCUCCGCGGACGCCUCCGCACUCGCCGACUUUUACGAUGCCGCCGAAGCUGCGUCCUGGAUGAUGCCACACGGGACCAAGAAUCGAGAUCUGAACAUUGAAGAAUAUUUGUACCAAACUGAGUUUCACCAAGCCUUUAAUGAAUAG